AUGGCCUCAGCCGGGGGCUUGACUCGCCGACGAGGUGGCGGUCGAGUCGCUGGCGCAGACGAGAAUGAUGAUAGCCGUGUCUCGUCACCCGUGUCUCGGAAUGGUUCUGCUCUCGGGGACCGUAUCCCCGAGACCUCCUUCACCAGCUCGGAAAAUGGCCACAAGAUUGCGUUUGAUCCCCGCGAUCUCAGCGAGACGGAGGAGCGAAGCAAACAGCCCAAGCUGACCCUCAUGGAGGAGAUUCUGCUGCUGGGAUUGAAAGACAAACAGGGUUAUCUGUCUUUCUGGAACGAGAACAUUUCAUACGCCCUGCGAGGCUGUAUAGUCAUCGAAUUGGCUCUUCGCGGCCGGAUCAGCAUGCAGAAGGACUCUUCCCGUCGACGGUUCCCUCUGGCCGACCGUGUAAUCGAGGUGGUGGACGAUACGUUGACGGGUGAGGUCUUGCUGGACGAGGCGCUGAAGAUGAUGAAAUCGAGUGAGAAGAUGAGCGUGAAUUCUUGGAUCGAUCUGAUGAGCGGCGAGACGUGGAACUUGAUGAAAAUCGGCUAUCAACUAAAACAGGUCCGGGAACGCCUGGCGAAGGGUCUCGUGGAUAAGGGCAUUCUCCGGACUGAAAAACGAAACUUCCUCCUCUUCGACAUGGCCACCCAUCCGGUCGCGGAUGGUGGUGCGAAGGACGAUCUCAAUCGCCGUGUACGCAACGUCUGCAGCAGUCGCACUGUGAUCCUCCCUGCCAACCAGUGGCUCCCCGAAGAUGCCGAGUUCCGCUACCUGCGGACCAUCAUCAUGGUGUGUGCCGCGUACGCCGCCAACGUCCUCGAGAACGCCCUGGUCACGAUGAGCCACGAGGCGCGCGAACGUGCCUUUGCCCAGGUGGACGAACUCUUGGCCGAGUAUUCCCAAUGGCCAUUCGCGCGGAGGGCUGGUGGCUCCCAGGCCAUCGGAGCGAACCUUGCGCAGGCCGUCAACGACGAGGUGAACAAAGCCAAAGACAAGGAGUUGCAGUUGGAGAUUGUUGCCGCAUGUUUGAGCGUUUUUACUAGACUCGACUCGUUACUUUAA